UAGUGUCAUCACUAGCUUCAAAGCAUCUCAAAGGGGAAAAAGGGCGAUAAUUCUGAUAAGAAAGUUGGCGUAGCCGGUUAGCGGAUUGUCACAUACAAAACAGUUUGGGAAGGCCAAACUUAGGAGAACCAAUCACACAACAAUCCACGCCAACAAUGACCGCUCUGCGAUACAUGGGAUGGAUCACCGGCUGUUCCGUCCUAACGGCCUUCGUUUCCAUCAUUUGGCAGGCGUUCAUCACCCUGCAGACGCUUAACAGGACGACUGUUCUGCUUACCGGUCUCCUGGCAAUCGAGGGAUCACUGAAGCGAACCGCAUUGGAGCCGGCACCCAAAGUGGCCAUCGGGUACGGAGCCUGCACGGACCUGCAGAUAAACGCCACUGAGUUUCUGGAUCGCUACUAUGGCCGUCGGAUUCCACUCGCAGCAGCCACUACAGGAUCUCGGGCGGUCGUCAACAACGAGGACGAGCUCUUGCAGUCCUUUGCCUACUACUUUCAGAACGGCGCUGCAGCGGAGCGAGUGAUGGCAAACAGCACCCUCUUCACACAGCUAGUGGGCUACGCCAAGGUAAUGGAUAAGGAGAGGAUCCAUUGGUACAUGGGUGGUAACGCCCCACUGAUGGCCGUGCGCUUUUUUAUGGAGGGAGCUGAUGUGCUACUGGGCGCCCACAUGUCUAAGAAGUUGCGUCCACUGCUGCCAAAGGAGAUUCGCCUGGCUGGCGACGAGAUUCCGAACGAUGAUAUCCAUCUUAUCCUUGAGUACAAGGCUGGGGACAGGUGGGGCCCAUAUGUGGCACCUCGCGCAAAUCGCUACAUUCUGCACAACGAUCGAAAUAAUCCGCAUUUGCGGGCCGUGGAACAGUUGACGGAUGCUUUGAAGAUGUAUCAGCCACAGCUGUUGGUCGUCAGCGGGUUGCAAAUGAUGGACAUGUUUACCUUUAAUCCCGGUGAGCGCGAGGCGCGCCUGCAGCAAGUAAAAAGACAACUAACAAGCCAGCCGGCAGACACUUUAAACCACUUCGAGAUGGCCUCUUAUGUGGAGUUGCAGCUACUGCAGCAGCUGCGACACUUUGUCCUGCCCUACGUAGACUCCCUGGGAAUGAACGAACAGGAGCUCUCUAACCUGCAGCAGGUUCUUGCUCACGGACGGACGACCUUAGCCACCGACUGGAAUCCUCGCAUUGCUCACACCCUUGACCAAAUGCGAGAGGUUUUCAUUAGUCUCCUUGAAGAUUACGACGAUCGAAGCUCACGCGAUUCCAAGCAGCGCUGUAUCUCGCGGAUCCAUGUGCACACUUUGGCCUAUCAGGCGAUCCUUACCACAGCAGGCUCCAAGUGGAAAAACACCCGUGCUGCCGCUGCGAAGGCUGCCCUCACUGCUCACCGAUACGUCUGCAAGUCCCAAUUUAUUAACCCGGAGGCAGUGCUGCAGGUUCUGGAUGACAGCUUCGCCACCUCGGCUCAGGCGGACGCACCGCGGAUGCGCAUAGGCGCUGCCAGUCCCGUGCCCUGUUGGCGGGAGUAUAUCCAGUACGGUCGUCAGCGGCAACGGCUUGAGGUGGAGAUCUGUGUGGCUCCGGUGCUGGUGUGUCGCGAGGCCAGAAAAACGGCUGGGGCUGGCGAUAACAUCUCCGCCUCCGGAUUGGCGGCACAGUUGUAGAAGUGG